AUGGCCCAUGACGAACGGCCGUUCACCAUCUCUGUGGCUGACGCAGAGCUUGAGUUUCUCCAGAAGAAGCUUGCGCUCUCGCGAGUUCCUGACGAGCUCGAGGGUGCUGACUGGGACUAUGGCGUUCCGCUUGCUGACGUCAAACGUCUCCUGUUGAGAUGGCAGAAUGGCUAUGACUGGCGGGCAGCGGAAGCUGAGAUCAAUAAAAUACCACAGUUUACCAGACAGAUUGAAGUCGAAGGUUUCGGGAAGCUCGAUGUCCACUAUGUCCACCAGAGAAGUACGGUCGAGAACGCCAUCCCUCUGCUCUUCAUCCAUGGAUGGCCAGGACACUUCCUGGAGGUUCGCAAACUCUUACCAUUGUUCACGACCGCCUCGCCGGACCAUCCCAGCUUUCACGUGGUGGCACUCAGUCUUCCGGGCUUUGGGUUCUCGGACGCACCCACCAAGCGUGGGUUCAACGGCGCGAAGUAUGCAGAAACCUGCAACAAGUUGAUGCUCGCGCUGGGCUACGACGAGUACGUGGUGCAAGGGGGCGAUUGGGGGUCUUUCAUUGCUCGCAUUCUCGCCUCUAAAUACGGCCACCAGAGCGUAAAAGCUUUUCACACAAACUUUCCCAACGUUCGCGAGCCCCCCUCAUUGUGGACGCACCCCCGGCAAUUCUUUGCGCACCUCAUCACGCCGUACAGUGCCGCCGAGCGCGUCGGCCUCGAGCGCACGCAGUGGUUCGUGGCACAGGGACGUGGGUAUUUCCACGAGCAGUCGACGCAGCCACAGACGCUCGGGUAUGCGCUCGCGGACUCGCCAGUCGCUCUGCUGGCGUGGAUAUACGAGAAGCUUGUACGGUGGACGGACGCGUACCCGUGGGAAGACGACGAAGUCCUGACGUGGAUCUCGGUCUACUGGUUCUCCAGGUCGGGCCCCGCCGCGUCUCUGCGGAUCUAUUACGAGACCAUCGCAGCCAACGAGUACAGCGCGAUUCUUCCUACUAGCACAAUCCCCUGUGGGCUCUCAUUCUUCCCCAAAGAGCUGACGAUUCCCCCUAAGACAUGGGCCCGCACGAUAGGCAACGUUGUUUAUGAGUCUAGGCACCAGAGUGGGGGGCACUUUGCCGCUCAUGAGAAGCCUGAGGAACUCGCAGCUGAUAUUCGUGCCAUGUUCGGCAAGGGUGGGCCUGCGUUCGGCGUGGUGAGCGGCAGGGCAGGUUAUGACUGACCUUAUUGUACUUCGCCAUGGCCACGUAACGACGUGCUUCCGAGGGUUUCUUAGUC